CCUGUAUAAAAUGAUCGAUGUAUUGCUGUGCAGCAGCUCUGAGACCACGAGCGAAACAUGGAUCAUCGUGCAGCAAAAUCGCCGACGCCAUGUGAACAGAGACUGAAAAUAACGAGUUGGUGUCGAAGGGGUCGAAAGAUGAUCGGUUGGUUGGUACUCAGUCAGUUUGUUGCCGUCUGUUUGCUCCCUCACUGACCGAUUGAUGAACUGAUGGUCGAUCCAUCUAAUCGAGCGUCAGCAUCGGCGUUGCCGGGAACAGUCGAGUUGGGAAGUGGUGUUCAUGUGGUUGCUACCUGAAAGAGGAGGGAGGGAAGGAGGGAGGAGUGCGGAGUCGAAUGCACGCAAUCGUUGGUCCAGUCACGAAGACACAACAUACAGUCCGGGGCGGUGCUAUCGACAGCGAGUGAUGAUCGCUUCGUAAUACGGGCAGAGAUUUUGCACGGAUCGAUCGAAUGUCGGUCGAAUGUCAACAAGGCCGAGGCCAGUGCUCAUGGUGGCACGUCGUCUUUCAGGAGCACCCGGACAGUCUGAAGGAUGCGCUCGCUCGCGCUCUGUGAUACAUCGACAGCGCUGGUGACGUGCAGCAGCCAACAGUGGCUCGAGUAUCCCAACCUCUGAUGGUUUGUCGAGACUCGGCGCGAGCCCCUUGCAGCCAGUCUUCAACCAACACUUUACAGAGUUCCUUCAUUCCGGCCGUGAAAUCAUCAGCCCGGACGGUUGUGGAAUUGAUCGUAUCGGAUCGAUCAAUCGAUCCGAAAUUCCCAGGGGACUACUGUUCUGUCGGAUGAUGAAACAGUGCCCGGCGGUGUCGCACCGAAGAGAGGGACACAGUAACGCGCUUGAUUGAUUCACUAGGUCAGAUUCGGAAUCAGCCUCCAUGGCCUGCACUGCGAACUCUCUCUCCCAGGCUGACCCAGCGCUGCACUGUCUAAUUCCCAGAUGCACCACGAGACGACACCUCAAGUCAAUUCGUCACCGGCCGAUCGAGUGAUCGACACUCUGCGGCCGGAGUUUCUCCACCACCACCACCGCCAAGGUCAGAUGCAAAUUCAACACAAAGAGAUGUGUCCGAAUUGGCCACGAUGUAGUUUCGAUCACCUUCGUGCUCUGUGAGUGGGAUCAAAACCAACGCCGACAGAGCAGCGGAAGACACACUCGAAAUCGGUCAUCGAUCGAUCACGGCUGGAUCCGAGCACCUCUGCCACUCUUGCUCCCGAAACAAAUCCGAAUUCGAGUCGAGCCUGCUGCGGAGAAACGAGCCAGUCCACUCCGGACAGGCCGUGCCAUGCUAUGCUGCUGCUGACAUCACGAGCUCCGGAUCGAAGUGCAAGCCUCCCCUGCCCUCCGUUACCCUAGCCAGCCAGCCAGCCAGUCGGGGGGCCACAUUCCAACCCUCGACAUCGUCGAGCAGUUUCGUUCCUGCCAGGUCGUUGCUGCCACCGGCGGGCGGGAAGAGACGGUGUGCGCGCACGCGGACGCUGCCCCCUCAACGAGGUCUAACGUGCCGUAAAACACCCCCAUCCCCAACCCCCGGGCUUAACUCCACACCCCCACCCCCAGCCCCCAACCCCCGGGGGGCCAAGGGCGACAUCGCUUGGCUCUGAUUCUGAAUCUGAUUCUGAUUCCGCUUCUGCGUCUGCGUCUGCGCCAUAUCCGACUCAGGAGCUGCCGCAGGGGGCAGGCGAUGGCCUGGCGGCAGCCGGUGCCCGGAGGAGGGCUGAGGAGAUCGGCGCCGGCGAGACUGUGAGCGGACGCGAGAGCGGGAGAGCGGGCGGGCGGGAGAGAUGACGACGCCGGUGCUGAAUCUGGCCGUUUCCCGGCCGCGCGACGAAGCACUGGGCCCGACUGCCGGCAAGCUGUCGCUGCAUCAGCUCUCGGUAAAGUACAAGGCCUACGGACUUCCCGACCCCGACCACGCGCAGCGCAAGAAGCGACCGAGUGACCUGGUCAAAGAGAAGCUGGACCUGCCCAUUCCUUACAGAGAUGGCAAACUGCGCCUCAAACCUCAAAUCAUCGAGCGCCACAAUUUCUUCAACCUUCCGUAUCAGGUUCCUUCUACGGUCAGCGUCGAGGAGCCAUUGUUCCAGCCGUUUCCUCCUCAGAUCACCUUCGUUGGAUUCAAGGCCUUCCACAAGUAUCACGCCAUCUUGCAGCUGCGUAACAAUGACAAGCUUGUGCGGAGGGUCAUGGUGAUUCCCCUGGUUUCCGAGAUUUUGACAGUGCAACCAUACAGCCAUCCAGAUCUGGAAACUCUGACGAUCUACGAUGAACUCGGAGUCAGUAAGGUUGCUUGUGGGAUGGAGUUCUCUGUCAUUGUCAACUUCUGUCCUCAAUCGGAGGAUGACUACGAAUCAGAAGUGGUCGUGGUCACAGAGCGCGAAAAGUUUGUGGUGCCGGUCAUCGGUCAUGGUAUCAGAGGUGUUCUGGAGAUGGCUGAUGAGAUCAACUUUCCACCGACUCCAGUGCAGUUCAAUUACAAGAAGAAUGUGAUGGUUCAUAAUCGAGGAACGAAAUACGCAAACUUCCAAGUGUUCGCCUACGUCGAGGACGAGCAUGGCACUCGGCAUCCGGAUAUUUUCAUAAUUUUUCCCCUGAGUGGUAAACUUGAACCUGGUGAAUUUGUGGAGCUCGAGCUGGAGUUCAAACCGACUAAGAUUGGUUUCUUCGAGGGAGAGCUCGAACUAACGUAUGUCGAUACUGGAGAAGCUGUUUUCAGCAGACUGACUGGCACAGGUAUUGAGCUGGAUAUUGGACUCUCAACGGAUGACUUGACUAUGAAGCCGACUCAUAUACAUACAAGCUCAGAAAGAAGUAUCUUCAUCAGCAAUUUCUCUACCAGUGUCUCACACUUCGAGUUCGAAAGAUUUGCCACUGAUAUUGAUGAAUACGCCUUCGAGAACGGUAUCGAUCCUAAAGCUAGAGAGUGGGCGACAGAUUUCUCCAAAGAAGAUGAAUUGGAUCAGAAUGAAGAUGAAGACGCUCCAAGACAGCAGAGGAUCUUUACUCUAAACCCCUCAAAGGGAGAUCUUUGGCCUGGCAACAGAUUGGAAAUUGUUUGCACCUUCAGUCCUCAAAGGGCCAAAAGAUACUUCACUCUUGCCUACUGCACGAUAGCUGGUAAGCAAGAUCGUGUACCGCUGAAAAUCGAUGGCGAAGGAGUUGGGCCCCUCGCUCAAUUCUUCCCCACGAAGAUCGACCUUAAAGAAGUCAACUUGCUAUCACAGUACGAGUUCGAUGUGAAGCUCCAAAAUACAGGCGAACUGGAGGCGCGAUUCCAGCUGCAGGAUUCCAAAUCAUCCAAGGAGGGGACGAGGUUCAGGUUCAGUCCGGAGGUGGGGAGCAUUGCCGUGGGUGAGUUUGCAAUGAUCCACGUGAGCGUGUUCCUGGAUAAAAGAGGAGCAUUCCAAGAGGCUUUCGCGUACCUGAUCGACGAGUCCGUCAACUUUGCGCCCUUGUACUUCAGGGGCGACGUGAUCGACCCUGCCAUCGAUGUGGAGCCUCGGAAGCUGGACUUCGGCCUGGUGUCGUUCGGAUUCGACUGCUUCCGAGAGUUUCGCAUUACCAACCGCAGUCACAUCGCCUUGAGCUUCAGACUUCCCAUCUCCGAGCUGGAAGUGACCUACGUUUGCCACAUGCACGGCAACACCAAGUCCAUCAAGCGUCCCUUCAUGUGUGACGUGCACGGCCCGGAGUCUGACUUCGUUAUCAUUCCAGCCACGACGAUGGUGCAGCCCAAGGAAACUGUUGUCAUCGUCGUGAAGCUGGUUCCCAGGGCGGAACGGAAGUAUGAUGCCAUCCUUGGAGUGAUAAUCGAGCAUCUGGAUGAGGUAUUCUGCGAGGUUAAGAUCAAAGCCCAGUGCUGUAUUCCCAAGGUGUCCUUACCAUACGACGAGCUGCAUUUUGGAAAGUCUUACAUCCGUUAUACGUAUACGAAGCCCCUGGAGCUUUUGAACGAGUCCAAUGUGCCUGCCAAGUACAGAAUUAUCCCCCUGACCUUGGACGCCCGCCUACAGGCGAACGUGACUGCGUCUCCCAUCGAAGGCAUAGUCGAAGCGUUUUCUAUCCUGACUCUGGAUAUUCAGUUCACUGCUGAGAAGCUGGGAGACAUAAAGCUCGAGAUGAGCAUCAGCAUUUCUGGCAAGGAUCCCACUUUCCUAACAGUGAAGAUUACAGGAAUUGGAAUAGGUCCCAAGCUCAGUUUUUUCAGCCCCUCUGAUGGGAAGAGCAGGUCCAGUAAGGCGAGCACGGAUCCGACCACUUUGAAUUUCGGAAGAGUGAAAGUACUCGAAACCCAUACGAUGCAGCUCGAGAUCACCAACAUCAGCCUCAUUCCAGCAGUUUUCAAAAUCUUCACCGAGAACGAGACUAGCUCAGUAUUUCAUGUGGACAAGUCGGAGGCAUCAUUGGAGCCGAAUCAAGUGAUGAUGCUACAGGUCGACACGUACUUGGACGACACCAUGAGGUUCGAAGAUGUGCUCAAGUUCACCUUGGAAGGAGGCGAUUAUGAAGUCUACUGCUAUGCCACGGGUUUCGGGUGCCUUCUCAUCUGCGCAGAGUUCGAUUCCAAACUGAUCGAUUUCGGAAACGUGCUCACGCACUCCACCAUGACCCGAAUCAUGAGCGUUCAGAAUCUCGGCCGGAGGCCACGGAGUCUGGAAUGUGAGAACAUAACGAGACAUGUGACGGUCCAUUUCUCGGUGAAACCUGCGACAGCAACCUUGCAGCAGCACGCUGUGCAGUGUUUUGAAGUUAGUGGAACUGCAAACGAAGCGUGCACGAUAGAAGAGAAGCUGCAAUUCAUCGGCUUAGUGGCAAGCGUGCGAACCAAGGCCAAGCCGGAGAUUCAUCAUGUGCUGGUGACUGCGGAGGUCGCAGCUCUGGCUCUGAUCUUCUCGUCGCCCACGCUGAGAUUCAUUCAGAUCAAUGGCCCGGGGCACGAGGAAGCAGACGAGACGGUUCAGUCUUUAUCGUGUCAAAACAUAUUCAAGGAGCCUCUGCACUUCAGCUUCGGCAUCAAGCUCCCGUACAGACUGAGCGUCGAUGACGCCGAAAUCGUCCUGCAGCCCUUGGAAACCAUCACCGUCAAUGUCAUCCUCGACUGGCAGCGUCCUGCAGACAAGAUCAGCCACACGUUCACCAGCAAGCUCGCCGUCACGUACAGGGACACCUCGCGCAAGGACUUCAUCGGUCUCAUAGCGGAAAUCCACUUCCCCAACUUGCAAAUCGACACGAACAAAAUCGACUUCGGGUGCGUGACGGAGAACACGUCGAAGCGGUGCUACUUGGAGAUCAAGAACAUCAGCAUCAUGGACGUGCAUUACUGCUGGGCGUUCCUGGACAAGCACGGGGUGGACAUCGACACCUCGCGCGACGAGCUGCUGCUGAACCAGGACUUCAAGAUCCCGGCCAAUCGGAUCUUCGACAUUCUGCCCAUUCGCAACAUUCUUCCUCCGGGCGAGAAGGAGACGGUCGAGUUCUCGUUCUACAGCUUCCCCGCCUACAAAUGUCGCGCGCUGGCGCUCUGUGAGGUGGAUGGAGGUCCAAACUACAACGUAGUGCUUGAAGCAGAAUCAAGUUCCAUUAAGUACGUGUUGAACAAGAUGCUUCUGAACUUCGGCGUUCAGGCAUUUAAUCAUCCAGUUACCAGCAGGAUGUUAUCUCUUACAAACACUGGACUAGUUCCUAUCAGCUUUGAACUCGACCUCAGUUCUAUCAAGCGCAAGCAGUCAUUGCAGAUCGAGCCAAAAUCUGGAAGCUUAAAAGGAGGCGAGAAACAAAAGUUCAGUCUCACAAUGAUGGCAGGGGUCCCUGACCGCUUUGAAGAGCAUUUUAACAUCACGGUAGAAUACUUUCAUCCUCACAAUCUGGAGGUACAAAUCGAAGGGUCGUACCCUAGUAUUCUGCUUGAUACUCAUCGUGUCAGGGGACAUAAAUUUCUCUCGUAUGUGGAGAACGCAUGGACGUAUGUGUCUGAAUCAAAGAGACAGAACAAUGUAUAUCCAACAAAAGAUUCUUCUGCAGACUCAACGUCGGAGGUUACCACGCCUGGAAUUCCUGCUCAUCGAAGACGAGAGAGUAUUCAACGACAUCCCAGUAUGUGUGUGAGCACUUGCAUCCAUGGAAACGACAAGGCCCCUGAUCCAGAUUCGGAUGAUCAACUUCUAGACGCCAGCAGUCUUUAUCAGGAACCAGAUAUUGAGAUGACCGAGAGCGAGGAAGAAAUAUUCUUGCACGAACAGGCUAUGGAAGAGGCCAAGCGUAAAGAAGAAGCAGAAAUACUACUCCAGCCUACUUUGGAAGAGGUGGACGCUGAGAUCGACCGCCUCAUGAUGCUCCAGUAUUUCUAUGAGCGAGUUAUUGAAGAACCUAAAAGCACUGGAGAUACUCAAGAAACACCGGCACUGCAGGGUCAAGCAGUUGCUAAUCUAGAGCCAGAAGCAGAGGAGAAUAAUAAGUCGAAGCGCACUGUUCCUCCAGCAACUGCCCCCAAAGGAAACAAGAAUACAUCACCAGCUGUUAGCGCAGUACAAAGCGGUCCGAAAGCUAAGGAGCAAACAUCUCAAGUCGAUGAUCCAACAUCCCUUAAGCUGCCAGAAGAGACUGCGGAUGGUAGCAAGGAUAAAGAACCUGUUUGUGAGCCGACAUAUCGAAUGAUUGAGAAAAGCGGAGUUGAAAUUCAAAAACUGAUCAAAAACAAGUACUGCAUGGAUUUUGGAAAUGUAAGACUUGGAUUUGCGAAGAAAUUGGCUCUCAGAGUCACAAAUGCUAGCAUCUUGCCCGUUGCUUUCAAAGUAGACAAAUCCAAAGCUAAAGGAUUCGGUUUCUCCAUUGAACCUGACAAGAUUAUCCAGCUUCUUCCAGGAUGUCCGAUUCCACAAACAACAGAACUCUUCAUAACGUUGAACACCAACCAGCCCAAAUUCCCAACCGGCAAAUUACAGUGCUGGGUCCAUUUCAAUAUAAAAGAGGGACCCUUGUCAAUGGUGUUGUUAAAAGCAAAUGUGGUUACUCCUGCCCUCAUCCUCUCCACUUAUUUGGUCGACUUCGGGAUAACACCAGUUGGUCGCUGCAAGACUAUCUAUGUCCGGUUUGAAAAUCGGGGUGAAGCAGCUUGCGAAUGGAAAGCAGAGAGGCCAGAGCCGGGAACAGUGUCAAUGAGGGUACUGAGGGAUUGGGACUAUUUUACUUGCCACCCCGACUCCGGAAAGAUUCCACCAUACGAUUUUGUGAUUGUCAAGGUACUCUUCAUUCCAAAGCUGCAGAAGUUGAAAACGAAUUACGAGACAGUGAUGCCAAUUCGCGUUGCUGAUAUCGACACUCCCGUUGUUCUUGCUCUCAAGGGACACGCUUAUAUCCCACCUAUAAGCUUCGAACCGCCCGAGGCUGAGCUAGGUCCUGUAAUACCAAACGCAGCAGUUCCUUUCCAGCUGCAGGUUGAACUGAAGAAUAGAUCUAACCAGAACUUAGAAGUAUAUUCGGUUGACUUCGAUCCUCAAUACAUCCAGGAAGAAGAGGUUCUUAGGGGAAUCAAAACCUACAACGACAAAAACAUUCUACUGAUAGAUAUUAGAGAAGCGGGGCAACCAUUUUGGAAAGAACUACAAGGUGACACUGCUGGAGCAGCCCCGAAUUCUCCAAAAGGAGCUACAAGUGGGAAAGGACAAGGAAAAGAAGAUGCACAAGCAAAGAGUGCAAAACAAGCGAAAGAGAAGAAAGGCGAAGAUCCUAAGUCAAAGAAGGGUAAGCCUGCAAAGGUGAGUGCUGAUGAUAUUCAGGAAGAAUCGACAAUUGGGGCCAAAGGACCCAUCAUACUCAUGUACGGACCUCCACUUGUUGGUAAAUCUACACAAGCGAAGAUGCUUAGUCUCAAGUAUAAAAUUCCCAUACUCCACGUUGAGUCGCUUAUCACUUCUGCGAUUAAGAAAGGAAAAUUGAAGGUUCCUAGCCAAGAAACGAAAGCUAAAACUGAUGAAAAGGUGGAUCCUAAAGGAGGGAAACUAAAAGAGGAAAAGGGACCGGGUAUGGCAGCAGAUAAAAAAAAGGAUGAACUAAAAGUGAAGGGGAAACAGCAAGGUGGGAAGAAAAAACCUGAUGAUGAAGAUACGCAGAAAGGAGCAAAGGCAGGCGGUAAAGAUCUUGGGAAGGAAGCGUUUCAGAAAGAGGUCCUGGAUAUGAUCCAAGUGAGGCUUAAUGAGCCAGAUUGUGUCGCUGGGGUUAUAUUCGAUGGUCUGACUUCUACAUAUGGCCCAGUUCUCUCAUUUAUCACGGGCCUUCUGCAACUCUUAGGUUUUAAGCCAACUACAGUGAAUGUUCCAGUACCUGAACUAGAACAUGGAGGAGUCAAGUUUGAUCAAGGAGAAGGAAAGGGGGAAACCAAAAUGGAAGAAAAGGAGGGAAAGGGGAAGGCCAACACAGAAGGGAAGAAAGAAGGGAAGGCACAAGGAAAAGACGAUGCAAAAAGGAAAACAGAAGCAAAGACUGUCUGGAAGGGUAGUCGGACUGUCAACUUGAUAGCACUCACAGCCGAGAGUCCGGAACUUACUGCUUUUUACGCAGACCUUCCCGAAACCUGCCAUUCUUGUCUGAAACCUGCAUAUGUAAACGAAGAUGCUCCAACAUCAGAAACUUUAACCCCUCACCGACUCUGCCAUCAUCACUUACACUUUCCUGCGCUCGAAGGUGCCGGCGCUGACAGUACUGAACUUGUUCCACACCUACAUUUGGAGAGCCCUUUGAGCUACCCUUACAAGUCAGUCUAUCCUACCCCGGAGGACAUCCAGAAGUACUUUGAAUCAGAAGCCGAGGUCUUUGCCGCGAUCGGGGUCUCCAAGAGUAUUGAAGAGGCUAAGGCUAUCGGUCAAAACGUAUUGAUCUCAUCUAUCUUAGCUUUUCAAGACAUCGACUCCAUAUUCCUGCAAGAAAUGAGAGAUCUACCUAUGCCGCCAUGUGAGCUUCCAUUACCCUCGCCUGAGAUACGUCAGGUUGUCAAGAGGCCGCAGGUUCGAAAACUCCUUGACGAUCCUGACUUCACGUACUCAAUUUUCACUGCUUUACCAGGAGAAAAUCCUUCCUCGCCGAAAGGAGACAAAGAUAAGACCCGUAAAAAGGAGGCACUCAAACCUAAGAAGGUGGCAGAUACACCAGGGACAGCGAAAGGAAAGAAAAAGGAGGGUGCCAAAGGAGACGUAGGCAUACAGAAGUCUCUACAUGAAAUUGUUCCAAAAGGUUAUGUGAAGCAAACUAGAUGGCUUAUACCCCCAAAGACAAACAUCAGUCUCCUGGUACAAUUCUGGUCAAGCCAAGUCGGAGAAUUCGACCACACCUUUGCUUUUGAAGUGAUGGGAACCCUCGGGCACCAGGCAACCCUAUUCUGCACGGGUAUAAGUGCCUAUCCUCAAAUUACGGUAUUUUACAUGAAGUUUCCACCGAGAAAAGCAGUUCCUUUUCUGAUUGGGGUGGCCCCGAAGCGCAUACCUACCUUGGUUGCAGUGCCAGACGGCAAACUAGACUUUGGACCAAUAAACACAGGAAGAUGCCCUGCAGAAUACCCCGAUAUUCCUGAUGGUGAGCACUGCAAAAAGCUUUGCGUACGCAACACUGGCCUAUUUGACCUACAUGUGGAUUUUUCGCUCUUAAAGGUAGUUGAAGAGGGGGCCCUGCCAAAGUCCCCACAAGCCGGAGGGAAGAAGGCACCAGGAUCUCCAACAAGCGGAGAAAUGAAGGAAAAGCAGGCGAAGAAAGCUCAGGAGCUUGCGAAAACUAAACAAACAGGCAAGCCCGGUGCGAAGAAAGGCACGAAAGGUGACGCCAAUCAGCCGGUUUUCUCGAUCCAUCCCCCAGCUAUGGAUCUGAAAAUCGACGAGAGCAAAACGCUGAGCCUCUUUGCAUAUCCACGGGAGGGCAUGACUGGGAAGCUUACAGAAAAGCUAAUAUGCAAAAUUAAGGAAAACCCCGAGCCACUAGAGUUCACAGUUACCUGCGUGUCAGAUACUCCAACAGUUCAAAUAAAUUCUAAUUUUAUCGACUUUCAACGCGUUCUUCUGGGAAAGAGGAAAAUUAUGGAACUAAACAUCAAGAACACCUGCCUACUCAGACUAAGAUGGAGCAUAACUGGACUUGAAACUGUGCCUCCUGAGUUCGAAUUUUCAGAGACAUCAGGCCCUCUCAAGGCAGGAGAGGAGGUGAAUCUGCUGAUAGCUUUCAGCUCAGCAGCGGAGCAAAAAUUUGAUCUGAAGCUCAAGGUUCAGGUAACGCAUUGUAAAGACAUUGCCCAGGAACAUCCACUACGCCUCGCUGCUGAAGGGUACUUAAUGAACGUGCUAAUUAAGUACCCGGAUCCAGCAGUAGAAGAUGGCAUUGAUUAUGGUACAAUCAAAGUUGCUCAAGAAGCGUUAAAAAUUGUAAUCCUGGAAAACAAAGGCAAGUAUAAAGUUGGAUAUAAAUUCAAUCUUAACACCCAGCUUAUCCGGGAGCUCUUCACGAUAACUCCGCUGGAGGGAGAAUUGCAGCCUAAAGGCCAGCUAAAGGUUACUUUCUCUUUCAAUAAAAACAAGACCCUGAAGAAAGAGACAAUUUUGCACAGAAAUCACGACAUUACACUUGAUUUGAUUGAAGUCUUGUACGGAAUCAAGGAGAAGACAAUACCCAUUUACAUAAGUCUUCAUGCUGUACACUCGAAGUUUCUUAUACUUCCUGCUCGUGAAAUAGAUUUUGAGCAACAAGUAUGUGGAGUUCUAUCGGAAGCACGCACUUUGAAGAUACUCAACACUGGUGUAUUUGAAUUUAGCUUUAAGAUAUCGACCCCGGUGGUAAAACUUCCGGAGGGUGGGCCCUCUGAUAAGGCGGAAAGUAUCGCUACCAAGAAAAGCACUAAAACAAUAGCAAGUGCGAAGACAACCGCAACCUCUAAAACAACGGCAGGAGCGGGCAAAGGAAAGAAAGGUCAGAACGCGGCUCCAAAGAUGAUUGACCUGCGAGGAUUCCAACUAUUUCCUGCAGUUGGCACAGUACUUCCGGGUAUGAAACAAGAUAUCUCUGUCUACUUUAAAGGACCUGAGACGCCAUUGGCAGUGUCUGAGGAGAUAGCAAUUUUCAUAAGUGAAAAGGACCCUUUGAAGUACCCUGAAGACAUUCUUUACCUACUGAAGGGCGAAUCACAGUUCCCCGGAUUUGUAACUGAUCCGGAGGUGAUAUUCGAAGAACACAGAAUGCUGGAUGAAUUCGAGAUGUUUCCGGCAGUGCUGCCACCAAGAACUUAUUCUAAAGGAGAUCAUAUCUUCUCAUUUGGUCCAGUUUUCAUCGACACGGACCCACCGUCAAAGAAAGCAGCAACAGAACCCGUUAAAGUUUCGGUGAAGUGGUCAGAAGAUUUUUUGGAUACUAUAAGAACACCCAGACCUGUCAAAGUACAUGGGGCAGAUGUGAAUUUCAAAAUCAUGAACCCUUUUAAAGUUCCGUGCACUGUGGACUUUACGCUCACUCCUGAAGUGGUGGAACAGGAAACCCUUGAGGCUUAUGAGGUUCCUUUUGCAAUGGACAUUCAGCCUCAGAGUAUAUCUGUCCCUCCUCUUGACUGCAGCUAUAUUCAGUGCAUUUUCAACCCAUUGUCUAUUCGAACCUACGCAGCCGUAUUCGAAGCUAUCGUGAAGAAUGGGGGAGACAAUGUGAAACACAAGCAGUUUAAAUGUCAUAUCAGAGGCGAUGGAACUCUACCUCAUAUCCAGGUUGAGUGUCCCACCGAGCUCUCGGCCUCGGGAGCGCCAUGGCUCAAGUACCCCCGCGUUAAGGUCAAUCAAUCUUUCACACUUCCUAUCGUUCUCCACAAUCAAGGCAUUGUCCCGGCGACGGCUAACAUUCUAGUGGUUGGGGGAAGUGUUCUUUGGUUGGCAAUGAGCCUCAAAACUGAUCAAAUGGUGUAUUCACCACUUCCAUUAAGUUCAAGUUUCAAGGUUCGUAGUAAACAAAGAGAGACCAUACUAGUCACGUUCACGCCUUUGGAAAUCAAAAAGUACGAAUGCGAAUUACAAGUAGUUAUAUCUUCUAAUCCGUUCAACAACCUCAAUAUCUUGAUAACAGCGGAAGGAUACAUGGAUGAAGUUGAGUGUUUGGACCUACCGAGGAAACUAUGUGACGAAAUUUGGUUCGAUGACGGUCCUUUCAACACCACAAAGUCAAUUGCUUUCCUACUGAAGAACAAUUGCUUGGAUAAAAACUGGCGUUUUACGUGGCCAGUAAUCCCCUUUGUUAAGUUUUCCCCUGCUACAUGCCACCUGCAUGCGGGUUCAUUCAAGGAAAUCUCGAUGGAGUUCAAUCCCACAGAGAAAGUGGAAUACAUCGACACAGAAAUUAGAGCACCGAUGGUCAACAUUGUGUAUUUAGAGGGAGAACCUCCUCCAACUCAAUGGGAAUCCCCACUCCCCGACUUGGACAUGUUGGAAAAGGCUCAGGCUGCAGUAGCCAAGUUGAAGUCUGCUGAAAAGAAGGGAAAGCAGACAAAGGGAGUAGGUAAAGACACUGAAACAAAGAAAAAGGGAGAGAAGGAGGGUCCAGCAAAGGGAGGGAAAGGGAAGUCGAAGAACAAAGCGGAUAAGCCCGCAAGUCCAGAUAUCAAUUCAACCCCUGAAGAACUUGAGGUGCCACCAGAGCCUCCACACGAGGUGGUGGUUGGUAGCGAAAAAGCUAUGGUGCUGAACUUACAUGCAAUAGCUGAUAUGUCACGCUAUGAAUGUGAAGCUCGCUCUAUUCACUUUAAGUCCACCAUGAUGUAUCAAACUAGAACCUUCCUGUUUAGCUUGAAAAAUCUAAGCCGAACGGAGCUGCUUUUCAACUGGCUAAUGCACAAGCAGGAGGGAGAUUUGGAUGAGGGCAAUCUUUAUAAUAUCAGUCCAAAAACUGGAGCAGUACCUGCAGAAAGCUCGAUGACCAUUACAGUGAAGUUCUUGCCAAUUGAAGUCGAAGAUUGCACCAGGCUUUUGGUUUGCGACAUUCCAGGUCUAGAUCCUCAAUGGAUGCCUUUGAGUCUGCCUGUUACGGGACAUGUCACAAGACCAUGGUGUCAUUUCAAACUCCCUAAAAACGAUUACAUCACGGGCAAGCGGCGAAGCCAGGCUUUGGUGGGCCCUGAUGGUGAGGUGGGUCCUCUCGAUCCAGAAAUUAAAGUGAUUGAAAUCUCAUCACUGGGGGUACAUGUCCAGAAUUUCAUGACUUUCACAGCUGUGAAUCCCACCAACAUUGUAUACAAGUUUGUUUGGGAGCCUACCAAUGUGCCCUCGCCAGUUUGGCCAGAAGAUGAACCUCCGUUGCAAUCAGCAGUGGACCAGCUUCACGUGCCUUUCCGCUGCCUGAGCAGAUCCGGAGAAAUCAAUCCAGGAGAAGGAUAUGAAAUGAGCUUCGAGUUCUUACCAGUAAAAUGUGAGCUCCAAGAAAGAUUCUGGACGUUCAGGAUUCCAGCUCUUGACAUCACGGAACAAUUCUUACUUGUUGGCUACGUGUACAAGCCCAAGCUGCAUUUUGAUCAUGCUGUGGUCAACUUUGGUAAGGUUCAGGUUGGAACCAAAUCAAAAUCAUGUAUCAGACUGAUCAACGAUGAGGAGACCGCUUUUCCCUUCUCAUUCGACAAGACCACUUACCUCCGCACUCAAUAUGAACAGCAUCCUCUGAAACCUGUCUUGCUAUUCAUACCUUCCCAUGGUACUGUUGGCCCGAACUCAGAAGCACCCAUCGACAUUACCUUUGCCCCGAUAGGUGAAGGUCUUCAAAACUUCAACGUGGUCUGCAACCUGAAGAAGGCCCUGCAACUUACAGUCAAUGUCAAAGCUGAGGGUUACACUAUUCACGACAAAGUCUUCCUCGAGGUUCUGAAUGAAGGAAUACCCCUCCAGCUCUCCCCUAAGGAGGUGAAUCACUUACACUUGGGAGAUAUUUUGAUCAACAAUAUGGUGUUCAAGAAAUUUGUUCUUACAAAUACGGGUAUCUUUCCUUUCCAUUUCGUCUGGAUGCUUGGGGGCAACAAAGACGUCGUAGUGGAACCACCGGGUGGCACGGUUACAAGUGAGGAGCAAGUAUUUUGCGACUUCUCAUUCUGUCCAAAGAGCCCAGGACCUGUCACAGAUGUCACGGUUGUCUGUCAGGUUCGCCACAGUAACCAAUAUGUGCUAAAUAUUUCUGGCACUUGCUAUCGGCCCAGAGCUUCUUUUAGUUUCCUGGAUUAUGACUUCGGCCCAACAUUCCUUGAUGCGGAAGAAAGGGAUCCUCCAUCCGUGGAGUUGGUCGUCAGCAACGUUGGUACAUCAGCAAUCACGUGCGAAAACAUGUACGAGAGCACACCUCACUUGGACGUCCCGCACGCCACACUCUUGUUGGACGAGGGCGAGAAAGAGUCUGUGAUCAUAACCUUCAAACCUCAAGAGGUUCGACACUACAAAGAGCUAGUGAAGUUCCAGAUCAACGGCUUGGACACAGUAACCGUUGUCAUCAGUGGAGAAGGAGUGCGUUUGCAUGUUGAGCUCGUAGACAAAACGCAAAAACUACUGGUCUUUGAUAGCCUUAAAAUAGGGCAAAGUGCCAGGAUUCCUGUCGAGAUUGUCAACAUGACCAGGGCCGUUUGUCAUCUCGCUUGGACACCUGUCAGAGCGAGGUUUCUGGAGUUAGACAUGGUUUGUUUGCCAGCUGAGGGAAUCACGUUGAAAGGGAAGCAGACAGGUACCUUGGACCUUCAGUUCCGACCGAAGGCAAGGAUAGCUCCAUUCGAUGAACCACUGGUCAUUACAGCUGCAAAUACAGAGGUUGUUCUCGCGACUGUGUCAGGAGCUUGUGUCGGUACAGAAGUAAAGCUCAGUACCAACCUCUUAGCCUUCGGCACGGUCACCUUAGGCUCUAAGUAUACGAGGAAGAUACAGGUGGAAAACUGUGGAGACAUAGGCACGGCAUUCGCUUGGGAUGUUUGCACGCAUGCAACUGAAUGCACCUUCUUCCCUCCCGAGGGUUAUUUGGCUCCUCAUCAGGUAGCAGUUUUGGAGGUGAGUUUUCACCCGACUGCCGUGCACCCAGACAUACGUAUUGAAAGAAUUCACUGUGUGAUUACUGGUGGAGAAACUCAGUUCCUGACAAUACAAGGAGGGUGCAUGGAACAUGAUCCUCCGGUGGAAACAUUCAGCUUUGUUGCUCCAGUGAGAAGCAUUGACAGCAAAACCGUUCAGCUGAAAAACAUCACUGAUAAGCCUUGGCUAUUGUGUCCUAAGAUCGAGAACAGAUAUUGGAGUGGACCUUGCACAAUCGAAGUACCAGCUAGGCAAACUGUGGGAUACAUUAUCACCUUCCACCCCAUGACGAUGAGUCAAGGGGCAUCUCAUAAGGGCUCUAUCACAUUUCCCCUGCCAGAUGGCUCGGCAUUAUACUACAAACUCGAAGGAGACGCAGGAGCUCCCCUUCCAGCUGGAGACAUACAAUACGACGUACAGGCGAGAAAGAAGGCUAAUAUUCCACUGAAAGUCCAGAACUGGUUGAAACUCGCCCAACAUUUUGUACUAGUAAUAGAGCAGCACAUUCAGGACGUGACAACCAGUUUAACGGGCCCUAAAGCGAUAGAAGUUCCGGGAAACGCUACAAGGGAAUGUCUGCUACAGUUUCAUGCACAUAAGCCAGGAACAUAUGGAUCGAAGGUGACAUUUCGAAAUGAGGCAACAAAAGAAUACAUCUUCUACAACCUCAUGGUCGUGGCCAACAAAGCGGAUGUGGCCAAGGUCAUUAAUUUUGAGGCAGUGGUGCGGCAACGGAUCAUCCAUACUCUGCACAUUCGGAAUCCUCUGCAAUCUCUAGUUAUAUUCACGGCCAAGUGUGAGAACUCCGAGGUGCGGAUUCCUGCAACAAUAGAAGUCGAUCCCGGAGCUUCAACAGCGAUGGACAUUGCUUACCGGCCGUUAUUGGAAUCCAAUGUGGUCAGCUACAUAACCCUGAAAAACGACCUGCUGGGAGAAGUGGUGUACCAGCUGAAUUUGCUAAGCUAUUCGCCAGGAUUCGACGACACGCUCUCCUUCAGUGCACCCUUGGGCAUCAGGCAGACGCAACUGUUCCGCUUCAUUCACUAUCUGCCAACCAAAGUGAAUUAUAAGUGCGAAAUGUCUGCGGAAGGAAAGGAAAAUGGUUUCAUAGUACCAGCAACUGUGAGCGCCAACAACGCUGACUUGGACGGCUUGGAAGUGCAGGUACCAAUCAUCUUCGAGCCAUCAAAAGUGGGAGAAAAGAACUACGGAGUGCUCUCAGUAUCGGACCCGAAAGGCGGAAAGUACUCCUGCCGACUGCUUGGCACCUGUCUGACACCAGUUCCACAAGGCCCGGUUAUGGUGUACCAGAAGGGAACGGUGAAUUUCCGCAAUGUGUUCGACAGCACAAUUCAAUUCGACUACGUGGUGGACAAUCCGGCCUUCACGUGCAGCAAGGGUGAAAAGAUCGCGGCCAAAAAGCAAACCAAGGUCGCCAUCACUUACAAGAAGCCGCAAGCGCCAAAGAUGACGGACGCCAAGACGAAAUCCACCGAUGCGAAACCAGCGACCGAGGCGAAGACGACGACCCCGACAACGACAACGACGACGACGACGAGAGAGGCGUCUCCGGGGAAAGGCGGUAGCAGCAGCAGCAGCAGCAGCAGCAGCAGCACUUCCGGCAUCGUCAGCUCCGAUCGAGGCCGUCUGACCAUUAUGAGCGCGGCGAUUCCCUACCGCUGGGUGUUCUACCUGCAAGGCUCGGAGGACCCGCCUCCCAAGCCCGACAAAUCGCCUCCGAAAGGAAGGCCUUCCGACAAGUCUCCACCCAAGCCCAAGAAAAAGUGAGCCACAUCGACCGUCCUCUGCUCGAGCCUCGAGCCUCGAGACUCGUCGCGAGGCUCGAGCUCGAGCGCGAGGCAAGAUCGCGAGAUCCCGCCCCGACGGACCCUUUUCCUUUUUCGAAAGGAGAAAAGCUCGCGCUCCCCGGGCUCCGGGCCCAGCCAGUGUCAGCCGGUGCUUCGAUUGACCGGCUCGAAAACAAUUCCGCCGGUCGAAACCACGUCCCGAGCUGGCUGCAGUGCUGCAUGCCUCCUGCCGCGAGGUCUGAGCCCUGACCGCGUAAUUGUUGUUUAUCCUCAUCAUCAUCAUCAUCUAUUCUGCUCUUCUGUACUUGGUGCUCACCUACUGUGCCCGUACCGUGAUGAUGCUGAAAUUGAUCUGCAUCUGAACGGGGCCUUCAUUGUUUUAUCUGCCACUCUCUACUGCGCCCAAUCUCCCGGGGCGGAUUGGGGCGGGACGGGGCGGGGCGCCAUGCUUUUGUUGCGAGGGGCAUAUUUCUGUUAUCGCAUGAGGCGAAUGAUUUCAUUCGAAUUUGAAAUUUUGCUCCGGGCAUGAUUGGAAAUCCGAUUAUCUCGUUUCAAUUCUGUCCAAGAAUGAAGCCAGAGAUGAUGCCGGUGCCACGAGAACACGAGGAGCGAGAGGUCACAGCAGAAUUUUUAAUGCUCGGAUCAACGCGCAGCAACUUCCCCGGAUUUAUGAGAGUCCAAAACAGAACAAAACUUGAUGUGUCGUCUGCGUGGGAGUAUCAGCUGAGCCCUUCGAAAAAGCCGGUCAUGAGCUUUCAUCGCAUGUGCUUCGACGGUCUGAAUUCACGUCAAUCAUCGAGCCAUGUCAGUUCGCAUGUCACAGCAUGUCCGCGAAUUUCUUGUGACUGGAACUGCGACGGAGAACGGGACAGUCAGAUCUGAAGGUCAACUCGCGGAUACGAGGAAGGAGAGAAACAGACCUACUCAUUGUGGUGGAACGAAUGAAGUGAAAUUUCCCCGCAUGGUUAAACUGCCAAACUCAACACAUCACCGAUUGUUUCCAUGAGUAUCCGAACGAUGGUUCUGGUGAACGAAUCUGAACUCAUUUUGAAAGCUGCUCGUCCCACUCGAGACGGAUCACAAAAGUAUGCAAGGAAAGGCAAACACCCAAGGCUAGACUAGGUAGGGUGGGUGCGGGGGUGGGGCCUACUCUGGAAAAUCCAAGCACACUAAACAUGCGACCACUCUGUCUAAUCGAGUUACACAUGACAGAUAAUCGGCACAUGUGCUCGAGGAUCUAAGAGGAUUGUCUUUCGAAUCGCUUAACGAGGAAUGAAGUACAGAACGCAGAGUGUGCAAGGAACGACCAUGAAUUCAUACUCACCCAGAAUGUUGGAACACUGAAACAGACUUAUAGAACUCUGAUCCGGCAGUCCACCCGCAAGAAUCCAUGCAAGAAGCAAAUUAAGAGCUCACCUUCAAAGUGCUGUCUCUGGCACCGGUUGGCCUCGACUAGAUUUCAGCUAUGAUUGAUGAAAGUGGACGUCUAAACAUACUCUUGUUUGUUACAUCUGUAGAGAACUAGUUUGAGCGCGCCUCUGGUGCAAAGCGGAAACAAACUAACAACGGAGACAAAUUUUGUAAAAUUCGGGAUUUGAUUAAGCAUGAUAAGUUUGCAGAUACAUCAACAUUUAACUUGUACGUAUAGUGAUUGAUUUGUAUUUAAUAUAUAUGUGGGAAUGAUACUU